ACAGGAAAAAAACAUAAAUAUAUCGUACUUGCUGAGGAGACAGCGGCAAGCGCUGGUUCACUCGCUAACCUCAUGGUGGCACAGGAGGUAGCGCCCACAGCUCCCGACUUGCAACUCUGUACGCUGCAGUAUAUAGAGACUGUCGACCUGUAUGACGAGAUUUCAAAGGCAUUCGAAACCAUUCGAUUUGAAGACCCGCAUCUGGAAAUCAAAGAGCACUCGAUCCCUCCCGAAAUGCGCGCGAGAUGCGUAGUCAUCAGGUGCUCCUUGUGCCCUAUUUUACCAACAUUGAUGAGUAGGAACGAGGAUCAAAGUAUCAUACUCGCUGGGGAGACAGCCGCGAGCGUUGGUUCACACGUAAACCUCAUGGCAGGAGAUGAAGCAGCGCCCAUAGCUCCCGAUCGCGACGUGCAACAUUGCAUGUUGCAAUGUUCAGAGACUGUCGACUCCGAUGACGAGACAUGCGAGGCGAUCAAAACCAUUCGAGUCGAGGACCCGCAUGUUGGAAUCAAAGAGUGCCCUAUCACUCCCGACAUCGAUGAUGGGGACAAUGGAGUCGUACUCGUGGGGGAGAAAGCGGCAAGCGAUGAGAUUGUCAACUCAGAUGACGAAACUUCCGAGGCGCUCGAAAAAAACAUUCCACUCGAGGACCCGCACCUGAGAAUCAGAGAACCGACAUUGAUGAAUCGGAAUAAUGAUAUCGUACUCGCUGGGAAGACAGCAGCAAGUAAUGGUUCUCUUGUCAACCUCAUGGAGGGAGAUGUGGUAGCGCGCACAGCACCUGACGACUUCUUACGCCUCGUGGACCCGUGUUUGAGAAUUAGAGGAUACGCCAUUAUCCCUCCCCAAACGAUUACAGGGAACAAGAUCCCAAGUAUUGUGUUCUUUCGUCAACUCGACCUGCAUAUGGGAAUCACAAUGUUCCUUGUCCCUCCCAACAUGUAUGCAAGGAGGUUCAAGCAUCAGGAUACGGGAGCAGGAAAAAGCUCACUCAUCAACCUCUUAGCGGGAAAGGAGGUGGCGCGUACAUCUCCUGACAUGCAACGCUGUACGAUGCACUGGCGAGAGUAUAACAUCGGCUUCGGCGAUACAUCUUACAAAGUCUUUGAUACCGUUGGACUCGAGGCACCGCAACUGGGAAUCAAAAGCGGCAUUGAUUUGCUUUUAUUCUGCGUUCGAGCCGGCAGAGUUACCGCUACGCUGCAGAGCAAUUACAGGCUCUUUCACGAAUUCCUCUGCGAGAAGAAGAUUCCCAUUGUCCUUGCGACCACUAAUCUUGAAAGAGAGAAGAGGAUGGAGGAUUGGUGGGAGAGAAACAAGGGCGCAUUCGACAACUAUCAGAUAAAGGUCGUUGGUCACUGCGUGCAUCGCCGCCGCUAA